ACAUCCAAUCACAAACUCAUCAUAUAUCUCCCGCUAACCUUUUUUUUCUUUGAUCUUUUUUUUUUGCUUAUCAUUUUGACUUUGAUCGCCACCAGUUCUUCUUCUGAUCAACCAUGGCUGCUGCUAUAAGUGCUGCAGUCUCUUUACCUUCCUCCAAGUCAUCCUCUCUCCCCACCAAAACAUCCUCUGUAUCCCCUCAAAGGAUUUUCCUCAAGAAGAGCACACUGUGUUACAGGAGAGUUGUGUCAGUGAAGGCUCAGGUGACAACAGAUACUACCGAGGCACCACCAGUUAAAGUAGUCAAGGAGUCUAAGAAACAGGAAGAAGGGAUUGUUGUCAACAAAUUCAAACCUAAGAACCCUUACACUGGUCGCUGCCUCUUGAACACCAAGAUCACCGGCGAUGACGCUCCCGGUGAGACCUGGCACAUUGUCUUCACCACCCAAGGUGAGAUUCCGUAUAGAGAAGGGCAAUCGAUAGGAGUGAUUCCUGAGGGAAUUGACAAGAACGGGAAGCCGCACAAGCUCAGGCUUUACUCUAUCGCCAGUAGUGCCAUUGGUGACUUUGGAGACUCCAAGACCGUUUCUCUCUGUGUCAAGAGACUAGUUUACACAAAUGAUAGCGGAGAGAUUGUUAAGGGGGUCUGCUCCAACUUCUUGUGUGACUUGAAGCCGGGUGAUGAAGCUAAGAUCACUGGACCUGUUGGGAAGGAAAUGCUUAUGCCAAAAGACCCUAAUGCCACCAUCAUCAUGCUUGGAACAGGAACUGGAAUAGCUCCAUUCAGAUCAUUUUUGUGGAAAAUGUUCUUCGAGGAGCACGAGGACUACAAGUUCAAUGGUUUGGCCUGGCUCUUCUUGGGUGUACCCACAAGCAGCUCACUGCUAUACAAGGAGGAGUUUGAGAAGAUGAAGGAGAAGAACCCGGACAACUUCAGGCUGGACUUUGCAGUGAGCAGAGAACAGACGAACGAGAAGGGAGAGAAAAUGUACAUUCAGACAAGAAUGGCAGAGUAUGCAGAAGAGCUGUGGGAGUUGCUGAAGAAAGACAACACCUUUGUUUACAUGUGUGGUCUUAAGGGUAUGGAGAAGGGUAUCGAUGACAUUAUGGUCUCACUUGCUGCUAAAGAUGGGAUCGAUUGGUUGGAGUACAAGAAGCAAUUGAAGAGGAGUGAGCAGUGGAAUGUUGAAGUCUACUAAGGAAGCUUCUGAGGGAGUUAUUAUAUAAUGUAGAUAAAAAGCUGAUGCAUUGUGAAAUCUUCAUUUAUGCUUCUUUUUUCUUUCUCAAGGAUUUUCCAUCAAAACAUACAAAAGUGAACAUCAAUACCAUCAAACUACUCUUUCUCACUUGUUGUUCAUGUUAUAUUUCUUGCAACAAUAUAGUGAGUUUUUGUGA